AUGUCACAGCCCAGCCAGAACGAGGGCCAGAGCCAGAGCCAGGGCCAGGACCAGAGCCUCCCUCCCGAUCCUUCCCCGCCGCUGCUCAACCCAGACGACCAGGAUUAUCUGCGCGGCACAUGGAAUAGAUCGCCUCAUCCAUAUCACCACGCGAGCCCCGGCAUUCCCCAUGCUUCCGACCGCCUGAAUCCGACGACGUCAUCCUCCCCCCCUCACCAGCACCCUACCUCGAUCGAGUUUACGAAGCCGUCGGCUCCGUCGAAUAAUCACCGGCUCAACAUCAAGGACUCCUCGCCCGCCAGCGAGAGCGGUACGGAAGCAGACGAUGAGCACUUUCUCAAGGGCCUGCCCGCCUCGCGCACGAAGCUGCACAAGGGUCUGCGCAGUCGCGCCGGCGAAUACCUCUCCAGGUCGCCGUCGCCGCUGCCGUCGCCGUCCGCAGCAGACGGCCACGGGUCCGGACUCGCGGGGGGGAGGGCGCGGUCCCGCAAUUCACGCGGCCACGGCGGGAGGGGCUCCCUGCUGACCAUGCUGCGUCGUCACAAGGCCCUCUCGCAGCGUGCCGCUGAGCUGGCCAAUGUCGUGGCCCUGGGCCUCAUGGUCCGGUCCAACCGUCAGGUUGCGCCGCUGCUCACCGUCUGGGGGAGGGACUACGAGCUGCUGAGCCUGAUGUACGCCGGCCUUCUGGCCCUCUACCCCCUGCGCGUCAUCGUCUGGGCUUAUCGGAGGGGGAGCCCCUCCACGGCCGUGCCCCUCAGGAUACCGCCCGACGCGGAUCCGGCGCCGAUCCUCUACCCGCCCGUCAUCACGAGCUUCGUCUCGCUGCUCGUCGCCACCGAUAACCCGGCCGUCAUCCUGCCCAACGUCGUCCUCAGCAUCUGCUCCUUCCCGCAGAGCCUGGUGCCCCGCUUCGAGCUGGACACGUACCACUCCGUCCACUGGGCCCUGUCGUGCCUCCCGCUCGUGUGGGCCGGCGCCGCGUCCCAGCACCGCAGCGCCCACGCCGUCGCCUCAACCGCCCACGCUUACCUGACCGACGAGGACAUGACGCUCCUCUACCCGCUCCACCAGACGCUCUGCGCAGUCCUGCACCGUCUCACGACCACGAGUCUGUUGACGGCAGAGCUGCAGCUCUUCUCCGUCUCCCUCGUCAACCUCCUCACCCUCGCCUCGUCCCCCCAGGCCAAGGUGCUCAAGUCGCUCCUCUGGAUGGGUGGGAUGGGCAUCCUCGUCCUGUGCGGGCCUGUCAUCCGCGCCGGCAUCGACCUCGCUCGCGUGCCCAAGUGGCGCUUCCGCAGAGUCUCUGCACACCGCAAGCAGCUUCCUGUCUGGAAGGAGCUGGUUAGGGAGUUCUCCUGGAAGCGCAUCAAGAGCGGGCUCUUCUCGUCAGGCGACGACCCCUAUUCCGAUGUCCCCGACGAGUCGCCCGCGUCGUCGGACAGCAACAGCAACGGCGACGGUCCCCGCGGUCCCCGCCGCCGCCCGUCGUCCUCCCGCGGCCCUAAGCGCGUGCAGACGACAGGGACGGCCGGUCUCGAGUCGGACGCUACGAAGAGCCUCCAGCGUGAAUCCUGGCCAUCCGAGCCUAGCAGCCUCCCGCGUAGCCAGACGCUCUCGUACACGUCGCAGCACCACCGCAGAGGCUCGCGCACCCCCUCAGGCCGCAGGCGGCGCGCCAUGUCGUCGUCACUCCGCCCGAUUGUAAAGCUCACGUACACCCAGGCUACGAUCCGCAAGUGGCUGUACGCGCUGUACGUCUACGCCGUGAUGAUCUUCGUCAUCCUCGCCGGCGUCCGCACGCACAUGGAGGUUGCCGCCUUCCGCGGCAGGGACCCCAUAGGCUGGGGCCUGGGAUACAUGCUGGGCGACCUGUCCUGGUUCCGCUUCGAGGUGGUCGGCGCCAACCUGGAGAGGUGGAUCUGCCUGCCGUCGCGGGCCAGGAAGCAGGAGUGCAGGAUGGGAUGGGUGCAGCACCUCCGGCAGGACGACUUUGGCGAGGCCAACACGCGUCUCCUCGUCUCGGGAUACUGGAUCUGCGUCCUCGUGGUGGGACUGCUGACCGUCUUCCGCCUGGGCACCGUCUACGAGGUCGACACACGCCGCAAAGUCUUCCACUUCACAAUGGUCGGCAUGCUGCUCCCCGCGACGUUUGUCGAUCCGGCCUUCGCGGCGCUGGCCCUGUCCCUGGCGCUGGCCGUGUUCCUGCUCCUCGACCUACUCCGGGCGAGCCAGCUGCCGCCUCUGUCGAAGCCCAUCGCCUCGUUUCUGGCACCCUACGUCGACGGCCGGGACUUCCGCGGCCCGGUCGUGAUAUCCCACAUCUUCCUCCUGGUAGGCUGCGCCGUGCCGCUGUGGCUCGCGCUGGCGACCCUACCGCGCUCCGGGGCGGGCUGCUCCCGCGGGUGGGAGCUCCCCUCGCGCGAGGUGAGCAUGGUGUCCGGCGUGGUCUGCGUCGGGCUCGGCGACGCGGCGGCAUCGCUCAUCGGCCGCCGCUACGGCCACAGGAAGUGGCUCUGGGGCGGGGGGAAGAGCCUGGAGGGCAGCCUGGCCUUUGCCCUCGCCGUGGCUGCGGGGCUGGCCUUUGCGCGCGCCUGGCUGGCCCUGGGCGCUUGGCCCGCCUCGCAGACGCAGACGGCCACGCAGGACGCCUUGGACACGGGGAGGAACGUCGCCGCCUGCGCGUCCAUGGCUAGCCUGACCGAGGCGGUGCUCACGGGCGGUAACGACAAUGUCAUCGUGCCGGUUGUCCUGUGGACGUGUGUCAAGAGUUUGGCGAUAUGA